UCAAGCUGAAGAUGAAAGAACAACAUCUAUAUAUUGUGAGAUCAAAGUAAAAGAAUAUCCAAUAAAAAAGAAAAUUAAGAAAUUUGGCAAGUUACUUAAAAAUAGCAAAAGUGAAGGAUCAAAUAGUAAUGACAAAGGGGAAACUGAAAAAGAAUAUGAAGAAAAACAAUUAAUAAAUCAAGCAUAUUUAUAUCAAGAAAUUUUUAAUGAUUGCUUGCCUAAGUAUUAUCUUGAAAAUCAAACAAUUAAUGAAGAAAAAGAUAAGAGUUUUAAUAUAGAUAAAAUAACCGAUGAACAAAAAUAUCUUUUAAAAAAUUUGUUAGAAAAAUAUAAAAACAUUUUUGUAUAG